AUGAGUUCUGCAGUCUGUUCGCCAGCCGCAGACAGUGCCUUUGGGCCUGCGGUCGAGGGUUGUCGACAAAACUUCGACUUUACCCUGGCAUUCGAGUCCUACUUCUUCUCAAUUGUACCUUCCGUGUUGUUGCUCUGUUUUGCUCCAUUAAGAUUCAAGACGCUCAGUCGUGUGCGACCUAAGAUCAAAGGCACUGCCUUCAAAUAUGUCAAGCUGUUGGCAUUGAUCGGUCUCUUCGCCAACAACACUCAACUGCAAGCAUGGAAGCCAUCAAUGGCAGCUUCUGUGCUAUCCUUUGGUUCGAGUAUAGCUCUUCUCGCCCUGUCGUACAUGGAGCACUCAAGAUCUCUUCGGCCAUCCAUGCUGCUCAAUGCCUAUCUCUUCGCUACCGUUAUACUCGACGCUGCGACUCUUCGGACACUUUGGUUGAUGCCACACUUUUCUAUUCGCAUCCGCAGCAUCUUCACGGUGGCUUUCACCGCAAAAGCUGUGGUUCUAUUGCUUGAGGCUAGAGCACUCGAUUUGCUCAAGAAUGGGACAAACNAGUCGAGGAGCGGACCAGCGGAUUUGAAGAAAGUCCUCUUUGUGUUGUUGAAGUGGCCGAUCUUGGUCUCCAUCAUCCCCCGGCUGGCUCUCCUAGCUCUUACUUUCUGUCAGCCUCUGCUGUUGAGAAGACUGCUUGACUAUCUGAACAACUCGAACGUAGAAGACAAGAACAUUGGCUAUGGAUUGAUCGGUGCUUAUUUUGUUGUAUACGUUGGUCUUGCUACCACAUCGGCUAUCUACUGGCACAGGCAUUACAGGUUCUUGAGUAUGCUCCGCGGCACACUGAUAACAGCAAUUUACAGCAAAGCUACUAACAUCGUCGCCGUGGCUAAAGAUAACAAAGCUUCCAUCACACUGAUGAGCACAGAUGUCGAACGCACUAUUCGUGGUCUGAUUGACUUGCACGAAAUGUGGGCGAACAUCGUCCAAGUCGCCAUUGCCACAUGGCUGCUCGAGGUAGAGCUCGGUGCUGCUUGCGUAGGCCCUGUCGUCAUUGCGUUGGGUAAGUCUUCACUUUUCCGGUUCUCGUACCUCCGUCUGAUUGUUGUCCAGCUGNCUACGGGGACCACCAUCUGGUUUUCUGGAUUCACAGCCUCGUUCCAGCUUCUUUGGAUUCAUAAAGUCCAAGCGAGGAUUGUCGCGAUAGGGAACGUGCCUCAGCUUAUAGCACCUGUCCUGACGUUUGCGAUCUACAUUGGUGUCUCCUCGAAGCAGCACACUGCACUUGACACAACCAAGUUGUUCACAUCGCUCGCCCUUAUCCUUCUUGCUUCAGAGCCUCUGUUCAUGCUAAUCAGUGGCCUUAUCGAGCUACGCUCGGCGAUCGGCUGCUUCGCACGCCUAGAGACCUUCUUGCAGACUCCACCACGAUGCGAUACUCGAACCAUUGUGCUUCCUCAACCGAGCCAUGUUCGCUCUCUUACUGGACCCAAGCCCGCCAGUACCAGUGCUGUUGUAAUGCGCAAUGCCUCGUUUGGCUGGAAAAAUGGCGAUCAAUUGACCCUCAAGAACGUCAGUCUUCGUGUACCUGUCUCAAGCCUGGUCAUGAUUACAGGCCCCGUCGCUUGUGGUAAGAGCACUUUGUUGAAAGGCAUACUUGGCGAAACACCCCUGUCACAAGGAAAUGUUGAAUUCUCGAGCUCUGAUAUCGCAUGGUGCGAACAAUCUCCUUGGCUGAUGAAUGCAUCGAUCCAACGAAACAUCAUCAACUUUUCUCAGUUUGAUCCAGAACUCUACUCAUCAGUGAUCCACGCUUGUGAUCUUGAUAGCGACUUGGAAGUGUUACCAAAGGGUGAUGCAACGAUGAUCGGAAGCAAAGGCUUCGCUCUGAGUGGCGGACAGAAACAACGCAUCACUAUCGUCUUCGAACGUCUCUUUGGACAGCGCGGUCUGCUGCGUAGAUGGAAGACGACGGUCAUCAUGACUACUGGUGCAGCCAAGUUCUUCUCUCGAGCCGAUCUCGUCGUUGUUCUCUCUUCAACUGGCACAGUCGUUGGACAGGGCACCUUCCAGGAGCUGUGUGCUGCGGGUAGCAACGCGACCAGAUACAUAAUCUCGAUUGGAGCUAGCUUGGAAGAUCAAGCAGCACUGCGCUCUGCGACUGACAAAAUGUCUAUCGGUGUAGGAAAGACACACUUCGUCGAGAGUAAUAACAAGGUUGACGACAAGACUUUGGAAGCAGCACGCCAGAAAGGUGAUUUUGGCAUCUACAAGUACUACUUUGCAUGCAUCAGUCGGAAUGUCGCAGCCAUCUUCAUUCUGUUACAGCUCGCUUAUGCGGUCCUCUGUACUUUCCCCACUGUCUGGCUCAAGUGGUGGGCGGAUGCGAACAUGCAACAAUCUCACUCAAGAUACGGCUACUACAUUGGUAUUUACACAGCGCUACAGAUCGGCGCUCUAGUGCUCUCUGCUGCAGUCACUUGGGNCACCGCUCUCGUUUCUCAGCAAAGUCGACAGUGGAAGUAUAUUGACGAGGUGUGUGCUGAUCAGGUACCUGUCCUAGAUUUGAUGUUUCUAACAGUGANACAGAUUCAGCCAAGACAUACAGUUGCUCGAUAUAUCCUUACCACUUGCUCUCAUGGUGGUCGCCACCAAUACACUGAUCUGCCUCGCUCAAGUAGGGCUAAUCGCUUCAGCUUCUGCCUGGAUCGCAUUGAGCUUCCCGGCAUUGUUUUUUGUCUUCUACUUCGUCCAAGGAUUCUACCUGAGGACAUCAAGACAAAUGAGACACCUCGAUCUCGAAGAAAAGGCACCAGUGUAGUAUGUGAAUUACGAGUAGCGAACUACCCGNACAGCGAGCGAUUGACACUUGAUGACAUCUCUAUCUCCGUUCCAGCAGGCUCAAAAGUCGGCUUGUGUGGUCGAACAGGAAGCGGCAAAAGCUCUCUUCUUCUAAUCCUCUUCAGUCUUCUGACCCCAGAAUCAGGUAACGUCGUCAUAGAUGGCCUCGAUCUUUCAACCCUUCGUCGUGAAACACUGCGCUCUCGCCUGAUCUGUAUCGCAGAGGAGCCCUUCCUUUUCCCAACCAGCGUUCGAGACAACCUUGCUCUCGACUCUACUACUCUCGCCGAUGAACAUAUGGUUACGGUGUUGCAGCAAGUAGGGCUCUGGGAAGCUAUUAAUGCAAAAGGAGGAUUGGAUGCGAAGAUGGAGGACGUACACCUAAGUCAAGGAUCGAAGCAACUUUUCAACAUCUCCAGGGCUUUGCUGAGGAAAGAUGAAGGCAAAGUUUUGAUCAUGGAUGAAGCUACCAGCAGUAUUGACACUGAGACGGACGUCAAGAUUCAGUCGCUCAUUAUGACAGAGUUCUCUGAACACACUAUCAUCUCGGUGGCUCACAAGUUGGAAACCAUUGCUAGGUUCGACUUUGUGGGUGUCAUGGAUCAAGGCAAGUUGGUCGAGUACGACGACCCGAAGAUCUUGUUGAAACAAGAAGGGUCCAGGUUCAAAGAGUUAUGGGAUGAGCGGUAG